AAUACGUUGGGUAUAGUUGGCAGCAUGAGCUCGAAGCGGAAGCGGACGAGCCUUGGGUCCGGGCCGCUCCUGGCCGCGAGCAAGAUCACGGAGGCCGAGCGCCGGGAGAUCCGCUGCAAGGAGCGCGAGAUCCUCACGGACCUGCGCGAGAACAACCGCGACGUGGUCCAGAUUGCGAGCAACGCCUUCAAGACCAAGACACACGAGCUCGACAGCGUGUACGAGCGCGUCUUUUACCCGCGCGAGGCCAACCUCGACGCAUGCAAUCUCGACGAGUUCAGCAACGUCGUCGUCAAGCAGGCUGGGCUCAUGGGCUCGAGCGAUCUCACCAAGUUUGAUGUCGCCGACCUCAUGAGCGCCAUCAAGGAAAAGUGCAUCGCCGACGAGCGCGGCAAUGGCCUUGACUGGGACCGCCUCGGGUCGGCCGUCGGCGCGUGCUUUAGCAGCACGAUUGGCAUUAGCUUCAUGUACGGUUCCAUGGACACCCAAGUCGUGCAGAAGGAAAAGAAGACCGUGCGCCGUCGCCGUCAAGACGACUUGGAUGAAGUCGAGACGCAGCCAACGCAAAUUAGCGGCGAGAACCGCCCGGACAAAGAGGACGUCCAGGCCGUGCGUCUCCAGAAGCUCGUCAAGACGCUCAAGCGCUCGGCCAAAAAGGUCGAUGUCUUUGACCUCUGCGUCAACCCCGAGAGCUUUGCGCAGACGGUCGAGAACUUUUUCGACAUGUCCUUCUUGAUCCGCAACGGCCAUGCCAAGAUUCAGCGUGCCAACGCGUCGGCGGCGCCCACGAUCCAGAACCACGACGGUAUCAACGACGAAGAGCUGCCACCGUCCACGCAGUGCGUGAUCACGAUCUCGUACAAGCAGUGGGAGGCGCUCUCCAAGAUCUACCGCGACCCGCUCGUGGGGCACCGAGCCAGCGUCUAAGACGAGAUGCUGGCUGCAUGCAGGCUAGUAUAUUCAGUUGAAUCUAAUUCUCUACGGUGUGCGCCUUCUCGUUCGCGUCA